AUCUAAUCAAACAACUAUAAAUGAAGAUCGUAGCAUUGUUGCUUAUCGCAUUCGUCAUACUCUUGGUAUCAUUUCCUCCUCAGACAAAAGCUAACUAUGCCAGCAGCAGUAGUUCCAAGAGGGAUGGAGAACAAUGUGUUACAACCCCGCAAAAAUCAAUGGCGCUUGGUCUUUGCUUCGACGGUAUUGCUCGUGGAAUGAAGCUGCCGACUUCAUGUUGUGAGAGAAUGAAUGAGCAAAGAUCAUGUUUGUGUGAUGCAAUUAAAGAUCGCGGUGUCACGCUUGCUAGCAAUGUCCUUAGCUCUCAUCUCAAGUCUUGUGGUAUUCCUGACCCCAAAUGUUGAAAAUGAUAACAUUGUGGUGCGAACACGGAACCAUACCGAAGAUGAUAUGUUGAGUAGUCUUUGACUCUUUCUUAUCUUCAGUUUUUAUACAAUAUUAAGUAAUGGCCAAUAACGGAGAAGUGGUCUUCUAGUGUUUUACAGUUACUAGGAACAUUUUCUCCACCUUUAUCAUUUCCCUUGUUUAUAAGGGAUCAAUGAUUCGAUAUUUGUAUUAAUUUAAAAAAUAACGUCAAAUCAAAGAAUAAAGGUAGACUUUAUCU